UAGCCGGCUUUAAUGGUGCAGUCAGUUUGCGGCUAUCGGCCUAUAAACUGUGGAUAUAAACAGGAAGGACAGCGAGCGGUGGUUAUUAGCAGUUCCGUUGGCCAGAUUUUUACAUAUCCACCACAGUGUAACUUCUCUAAACCGGUGUGCAGCGGCGGUUAAAUCAAACAACUACUGAGUGCCGAUGGCGGCUGUGAGCAGCAUGAGCAAAAUGUAUGGGCUCUGUUUCCACGCUGUCCGCCAGACAGCAGGACUGAAGGCAUCUCGACUGCUGCAGCGCAGAGGCUUCAGGGUCACUGUUGUUCAGCUGCAGCAGCCCUUUGACUCAUCGCUGGAAAAGCCCCAGUUUCCAGGAGCCUCAGCCGAGUUUGUGGAUCAGCUCGAGUUCAUCCAGCCCAAUGUCAUUUCUGGGAUCCCAGUGUACCGGGUGAUGGACAGGCAGGGAAAUAUCAUCAACCCCUCUCAAGACCCUCAGCUCUCCAAAGAGACAGUUUUGAACUUUUAUCAGAAGAUGACCCUGCUGAACACAAUGGACCGCAUUCUUUAUGAGUCUCAAAGACAGGGUCGUAUCUCCUUCUACAUGACUAACUAUGGUGAGGAGGGGACACACAUCGGCAGUGCUGCUGCUCUGGAUCCAAACGAUCUGGUUUUUGGGCAGUACAGAGAAGCUGGAGUGCUGAUGUACCGAGGCUUUCCUCUGGAUCACUUCAUGGCUCAGUGUUACGCCAAUGCUGAUGACCUCGGAAAGGGCCGGCAGAUGCCCGUCCACUAUGGCUCCAAAGAUCUGAACUUUGUCACCAUCUCAUCUCCUCUGGCCACACAGAUUCCUCAGGCGGCUGGAGCUGCGUAUGCAGUCAAGAGAGAGAACAUAAACCGUGCUGUCAUUUGCUAUUUUGGAGAAGGGGCAGCUAGCGAAGGGGAUGCACACGCCGGCUUCAACUUCUCUGCCACCCUUGAGUGCCCGCUGAUAUUUUUUUGCCGCAACAAUGGCUACGCCAUCUCUACCCCUACAAACGAACAGUACAGAGGUGAUGGCAUCGCUGCUCGUGGUCCUGGUUAUGGUAUGCUGUCCAUCCGUGUUGAUGGUAAUGAUGUCUUUGCCGUGUACAACGCUACAAAGGAAGCGAGGCGCAGGGCUGUGGCUGAGAACCAGCCAUUCCUCAUUGAGGCAAUGACCUACAGAAUUGGCCACCACAGCACCAGUGAUGACAGCUCGGCGUACCGUUCGGUGGACGAAGUGAACUAUUGGGACAAACAGGACCAUCCCAUUUCCAGGCUGAGACAUUACAUGACAGCCCGCGGAUGGUGGAGUGAAGAUGACGAGAGGAGCUGGCGAAAACAAUCACGCAAGACGGUGAUGGAGGCGUUUGAGAGGGCCGAAAGGCGCCUCAAACCUAAUCCGGAACUGCUGUUCACCGACGUGUACCAGGAGAUGACACCCAGCCUGAACAAGCAGAGAGAGUCCCUGUGGAGACAUGUGCAGCAGUACAAAGAGCACUACCCACUAGACCUGUAUGAAAAAUAACUUUACUGGUAUGGGGCAAAACAAGUUGAAAUUUGGUUAAUAAAUAGACUGUUGCACACUUUUUGCUGUAUUCAUAAAAGGUAGUUUUGAUACUUGCCAUUUCUUUCUGCAUAACAGUGGGGAGGAAGAUUGUGUUUGCAAAACAAAACUCCAAGCUCUUCAUGUCUCUGGGUUUGAUGCCUUAAGUUAAUAAGAUUUACUAUCAGCAGUAAAGCUUCUCAAAUUUAAACUGACACCUUUAUUUCACAUUAAUUCCAGGUUCUGUAAUAUUCUGCAAGUACAGAAGAAUCAGCUGCUGCAGCGUGAAUGCAUUACAAUAUAAACACAACGGGCAAAAAAAAAAAGGAAGUUCACUUUGUGCUGUGUGUUUCUUCUCUUCUUACUCUCCUGUUCAGUGAUGUCUAAGCAGUUUCCAUGUGUAUCACUGAGGUAACCGGUUUAACUUGUGUCACUGAACUGUAUUUAAAUGCUUCUUAGUAUACACACCCAAAUUUUAGAUGGGAUGGUAUGCUGUGGUGAUGUUACACACUGUUCUAAAUCCCAGAACUGUACACUUAACCUAGCUCAUGAUUGGUGUUUUGUGGAAAAUAAACUGAGGAACACUCA